AUGCGCAUAAAGACGAGCGUAGCGGCAAGCCGUUACUUCUGCAGACAAUGCGGCUACUGUUGCAGACAAGCCGUUACAGCUACAGACAACGCGGCUACUGUUGCAGUUCGGAAUAUGGUGGACGAAGAACACUUCCGCAUUGCAGCACAAGGGGCUGUUCGACUAGAAGGAGAUGUGAUCACUGCCAAUGGCUCCAUCCUCAGUGGCCAACCUGGAACUAUAGGAGGUGACUCCAGCUCUAAUGAAGAUGCAGUUUCUGUAUGUAGCUGUAGUUGUUAUCCUGGUCGCAGCAGUGGGAGACAUCGUUAUACUGUACGCAGAUCCCCAAGCAAAAUAGCGCAUUUGCUUCCAUUGCAACCUAUGGGACUCCCCAGUGCAGGACCUGAAACACUAGUGUGCUCCGAGCUUCCUCCUUUGCAUACACAUCGCGCCUCCAUCUGACACCUAGUGCUGUGUGCCCUGCCCCAAAAGCACACCUUUUGUACAAUACCAGCAAUUCUUCUGAGGUGCUAGUAAGAAAAUAUUAGGGACAACCUAGUGAUUUGCUGAUUGUGCAGUGCCAAUGGAAUGAACAAAUACAAAGAAUGGUGUGUCUCAUGCUCAGAUGUAUAUAAAACAUUACACAGGUUCAAGCAUUUUCAAUUUUACAAUUAAAACUAUGUUAUUCAAUAUUUCAAAACAUUCUUUCAUAGAGUUAGAUCAGAAAAGGGAAAUACAAUUUUCUGAAACAGUAUUGCAUUAGUUCUGAACAUUUCUUAUUUGACAAAUUGAUAGCACAUGAGUCCAUAGUGGUUUGAGCAACAAAGAAACUAAUGACGUUUCAUAUGGAACUUAUUUAGGAUAUUCCAUUUUUGCAUUUGAAAUCACACUUUCAUAUUUGACCAGUGCCAUAAAAAGAUAACAGAAUCAAUGUCAUUUCUUAAAUACUGAACCUGUUCCCCAUUUCUAACUUGCCCCAAUCUUUCAUAAAUUUUAAUAACCCAUUUUAUGGUGAGCCAUUUUACCCAUUCUGUAAUACAAGGAUCAUGUGCAAAGUUAAGAAUGAUGUUCUGGAUUAAAUGUAUUCUUGUGCUUUUAUCUUUGAAAAAUGCAAUCAAAAUUAUGCUGUCUCCUUAUUGUACAGCAACAUCUCCAGAAUUGGCUAAUUUAUUUUGGGUCUCAUACUUAUUUUACUUCAAUAUGGACUCAAAUUUGAAUUAUAUUUUCAGAUUUACUUUCAUUGAACUUAAGAGACCAAAACUGUAAGUCCUCUUUUAAUCCAGAAUACCCACAUGGACUGUUGGGUGUUAAAUAUUAACCCACAUCAAAUUUCAAUAACUUCAUGAACUCUUCACACACCAUACAUAGACACACAUACACACUCUCAACUGAGUUUUAUUAUUUGUCUUAAUCUUUGUACUAAUUGUCAAACAUUGAAGUGUGUGAUGCAUAAAAGCAUCACUGAGCAAGUCUGCUUGUAAAUAAUUAUGAAUGUGGUCUGACCAAUUGAAUGAUGAGAGCUUGAAGUGUGUCUUACUGCAAUAAAGCAGUUCUUUUCUAAAAUAACAGUAUUGGUGAUUUACUUUCACACAUAUACUGUCCAACUUUUGUAUGUUAUGCUGUGAUGGUAUUUUAUUUCUUUAAAGCUUGUGACUGAAUGUAUCUUGUUAUUUUUGAGAUAAGUUUUGUUGCACAAUGGUGGUCUGCCAGAACUCAACGUUGAGUUCUGAGUUGUUACGCAAAAAGCGUGAAUAUAUGUAUUGGCAUUCAACAUACUCCUUAGAAAUGACAUUUACAGAGAACAAAGCUUUCUAGUUAUAUGCAAAAUAAUAACUAACUGUCCUCAAUUGGGAAAAACUAAAUUCAUAUUUCCACAACAAAUAGUACUUUCACAUUUACUCUUAAAUCUCUCCACAUAAUUAUUAAGAGGAGACAAAUUACUAUGCUUACAAUAAUUUUAUGUCAAAUUUAUUCUUAAUUGUAGUUCUACCUGUAAACAUUCUGUCACUUGUAUUAUGAGUUUAUUUAUUGCUGGCAACUACCACUGAAUUCCUAAAAAUAUGCAGAAAUGUCAUUUUUUAUAAGAACAUGGAAUAGAAGCUGGUGUUGCCACAUGCAGACGGCACUGCAUAUACACUAAUGUCUGCAAAUAAACGUGGUGCUGUGAAAAUAAUUCACUUAAAAUCUCACAAUAAAAAGACAAAAUUUGUGAUCAACUUAUUGGUAUGGAUUGAUAAAUAUCUUCCAUUAUUAUAU